GGACCAUCCUCCUCUUUCUCCACCAUUCGCCUAUGUCCAGCGUGUGCGUGGGAUUGUGACACGUACCUUCUUCGUUUUAUUGACCAAGCAGGACACCUCCACUUGGUGCAGGGAAAACACAGGCAUCCCCUGUCUUGUGUCAAAUUCCGUUUUAUUCUGCAUAUUUCGUAGCAUGGAAGCGAGAGACCCAACAGCAGAUGCUUAUUUGAGCAGUGGUGGAGAGGAACAAACUACACAGAAGGAUGUGGCUCCUAAAAAAGAUAAACCACAGAUCAAAAGCAAGAUGGAGCAGAUCUUUGGGUUCAAGAAGGAGGAUCUGACGUCCUGGUAUAGCCUGGUGUCCCUCCUGAACCGUCCCACUGACUCAGCAUCUCUGGGCAUCUUCCGCUGCUUGUUUGGUUUGCUCAUGGCUAUCGACAUCACACAGGAACGCGGCCUCAGUCACUUGGACUACAAGUACCUGGACGGAGCCCCUGUGUGCCGCUUUCCCCUCUUCAGUUUCUUACAGCCAUUGCCACUGGACUGGAUGUACCUGGUGUAUGUGGUGAUGUUCCUCGGUGCGUUGGGCAUCAUGCUUGGCUGUUUCUACCGUCUCUCCUGCCUUAUGUUCAUCUCAACAUACUGGUACAUCUUUUUUCUGGACAAAACGGCCUGGAACAAUCACUCGUACCUUUAUGGCCUCAUUGGAUUUCAGUUAACACUCAUGGAUGGCAACAGAUACUGGUCAAUCGAUGGGUUGCGGAGACCUUCGAUAAGAAACGCUCAUGUGCCUCUGUGGAAUUACACUGUGUUGAGGGCGCAGAUAUUUAUUGUAUAUUUCAUCGCUGGAAUCAAAAAGUUGGAUGCCGACUGGGUGGAGGGCUAUUCAAUGUCAUACUUGGCACACCACUGGCUUUUUGAUCCUUUCAAAGUGAUUCUUCCUGUGGAGUUGGUUAGUUUGCUGGUGGUGCAUGGAGGCGGCCUUGUUCUGGAUCUGACAGCUGGCUACCUGCUGUUUUUUGACGCAACACGACCUUAUGCAUUUUUCUUUGUCUCCUACUUCCACUGUAUGAACUCUCAGCUCUUCAGCAUUGGGAUGUUCCCCUACACAAUGUUGGCCACCAGUCCCCUCUUCUGCUACCCUGACUGGCCAAGAAGAUUCUUUGUACGUUUCCCAGCGGUCCUUAGGGUAGCCCUGCCACUUACCUCACCGGACGCUCAGCCCAGCACCUCCUGUGUUUAUAAUGAGAUCCAGGCCACCGGCACUGAAUGCCAGGAGACUUUGAAGGUUUCCAGAUCCUCGAAACUGAGACUGAGGCACAAGCUGGGAGCCAUUUUUGCCAUUCUCUACAUAAUUGAACAGUUCCUCCUGCCUUACUCACACUUCAUCACACAGGGUUACAACAACUGGACCAACGGCUUGUACGGCUACUCAUGGGACAUGAUGGUUCAUUCCCGCAGCCAUCAGCAUGUUAAGAUCACCUACAAAGAUGGGAAAACUGGUGAAAUCGGAUAUCUGAACCCAGGGGUGUUCACACAAAGCCGUCGCUGGAAGGACCACGGAGACAUGCUGAAGCAGUACGCCACAUGCCUCGGCCAAUUCCUGCCUCGCUAUAAUAUCUCUGAGCCUGAAAUUUACUUUGACAUUUGGGUGUCCAUUAAUGAACGCUUCCAGCAAAGGCUCUUUGAUCCUCGUGUGGACAUUGUGAAAGCUGAUUGGUCCCCUUUCAGACCCAACGCAUGGCUGAUGCCUCUGUUAGUAGACUUGUCACCUUGGAGGACCAAGUUCCAGGAGAUUGAGGGCACUUUGGACAAUCAGACUGAGAUUGUCUUUAUCGCUGAUUUCCCAGGGCUCUAUUUAGAAAACUUUGUGAGUGAAGAUCUGGGCAACACCAGCAUCCAUGUGUUGCAGGGCAAGCUGAAUGUUGAGAUAGUGGAGGAGAAAAAGAACUACACUCUGCAGCCUGGUGAGCAGAUGCAGGUACCUGCUGGGGCUUAUCAUAAGGUGUACACAGUGUCUGAAGACCCUUCUAGCUACAUGUACAUCUAUGUAAACACCACAGAUGUGGCACUACAGGAGAACUUCACCAAGCUGUUUGAGCUCCAGGAGCGUGUUCGCAAUGGGACAGAAACUGAGCCUCUUCCUCCUGAGCUGCAGCCUCUUAUUGCUACAGAUGAUGAUGCAGUCAACGCCACCGAUCCAGUUGUGCAGCUGUUCCUGAAGCGGCAGCGCCGCAUGAAGGAGGUGAAGAAACGCAGGGAGGCUGGCAUGCUGGAGCGGCUGGAACGCUUUGCUGUGAAAAAGUACUACUCAGUACGAAGGGGAUUCCUAAUGACUCUGAUUGCUCUGAGGAAUCUGGCAGUGGGUCCUCCUCCGCUGGAACAGCUGACAAGAGAAGUUGCCUUUGCCAACGUGAAAGAACCUCCAGCAGAAGCCAACCAGGACGAACGGCUGAAAGAUGAAGUUGGUCACGGAGAACUUUAAAGCUACCACUGGGACCAAAGCUACAGUUGACUUACCUGCAGGUGCUUGAUCACACAACCUUUGCAGAUGUGUGUUACUACUACUACUACUACUGGACUGUUACUAUUCUGGAGCAAAGAUGCCCAGAAGUCAAAAGAUUUUACAUUUUUUAUGCUUCUGAAGUAUUUGGUAUUUCAGAGUAUUUCCAGCAUUUCAUUAUCACAAUUAUUUAUGAAUCAAAUACCUGCUGAGGACACAUUUCUGUUAUAACUGCAGCAAAACUACAAUACUGUACAGAUAUGCUUUGUUGUGCAAGGUUGCAUUUCCUGUUUAAGAAUACUAAUUUAGGAAUUUUAUGGUAUCAUAAUAGGUGGAUGACAUGACCAAAAAGAAAUAUCAAGACACUGAAAAUGUUUUAAAAAUGUGCUCUGUUACA